GCGAGAGAGGCGCAGUGGGAGGAAAACUAAAAAAGCGUUUUCCUCUCCUCCCUAAAGCAUCUCGGCGUGGGGGGAAUUUGGGAGAGUGGGGACACUCAAAGGCAAAGUUGACGAACUUUGCGCAUCUUUUUACAAACGCCAUUUUGAUUCCUGUCCGGAACAACUUUUGCAGCUUCUUUCUUUUUUUUCUUGCUCUCUCCUCAGCUCAUCAUCACCAUCAUCAUGUCUCGGCGUAAGCAACCCAACCCCAACAAAGUCAAACUGUGAGCAGUGGUGCUGACACGUGAGGCGCGCCGUCGUCCAUCUUCCACCCCGAGCGACGGCAGCGUAAUACAACCUCGUCUGAGGACGGUUAUGGAAAAUUCAACAGAAGAGAUGAGAACAAAAUCGACUACUUGCACUCCUACGGGGGAGGAGGAGGAGGCGGAGCAAAGCGAGGACAGACAGAGCCCCGCCCCCUCAGAGACGCAAACAAUACAUACAGAGGGUUCGGCCGCUGUAGAGGAAGAAAAAGAAUGGGAGAACGGAGCAGAUGAAGAGAUGGAGGCUUCUGACGGGGUGGACUUGUCUUCUAUUAACUCCAUGAUGAGCACUGUGAUGAAAGCAGCCCAGCUUAACGGUGGAGUAGACUCCGCCCCCACCACACCUAAUAAGGUGCCUGUCAAAAGCCCGGUCACCAACCGCAGCGGAAGAAAGAUCCAGCAGGAAGCCAAAGAUGACAGUGGGUUUAUUGUCUGUCCGCUGUGUGACAAGGCCUUUCAGACCCAACAUCAGCUCACCAUGCACAUCCGACAGCACAACGUUGAUAGUGGGACAUCAGACCACUCAUGCAGUAUCUGUGGGAAGGCACUAAGCUCAGCUAGUUCUCUGGACCGUCACAUGCUGGUGCACAGUGGAGAAAGACCCUACAAAUGCAAAGUGUGCGGCCAGACAUUCACCACCAAUGGCAACAUGCACAGACACAUGAAAAUCCACCAGAAGGACUCCGCCAGCUCCAUCCCCAACAGCCCGACCCUGUCUCCACUGAAGUGCAGACGCCCCUCUGCCAAACACAAACUAAGUCGAGAUGAAGACAAGCGAUUGGACGAGCCGCCUGGCAAAAAGGUCCUGGAGGAUAGUGGAGCAGAUGAACAGGGUUUGAACAGGGGACAGGAGGGAGUGUUUUCCUGCCCUAUCUGCUUCAAGACCCUGAACUCAAGAAAUGACCUUGAUGCCCACAUGGAGACUCAUCCUGACACUACACUGAGAUGUGAUUUAUGCUGCGUCUCGUUCCGGACGCACCGUAGUUUGCUUCGCCACAACGCAGCUACCCAUAAGCAGCUUCCCACAGACCCUAACGGACGACCCUUCAUUCAGAACAACCCAUCCAUCCCUCUUGGCUUUAAUGAUCUAGCUUUUAUUGACUUUUCAUGCCACAAGUUUCCUCAUAUCGCCCAAGUUUGGUGUGAGAUGAACCUUCGCAGGUGCACCGGCAAAUUCCAUCGUUUCGUGUGCGACACCUGUGACAAGGCAUUCCCUCUGAGCUCCGCUCUGGACCUGCACAAAGCCUCACAUGAGAGUCCUAGUGACACUCAAGAGAUAACCUCCCCCGACGUUAUAAAAGAUGUGACCCCUGCUCCUGAGAAAAGCAACUUCAUGGAUUCCUUAGGCUUGCAACACAUCUCCCAAGUCAAGCCUGCCCCAUCGGAAGAGGAAGUCCAGCAGGCCAAGCUAGAUAGCAUCCGGGUUAUCCAUGUAGAGCCUAAUCAGAUUGUACCUCAGGAGCCUGGCCUUGUCGGAGGAGUAAGCCUGUCUCUCGUAGACCCAGCGACUCUUCACGGUCUCUCUCAUCAUGAGGCUCUAAAACUGCUGUCCCUUCAACCCUUCCAGACUGGUUUUCUGGUGCAGCCAGAUGGUGGUAUGGUGGUAAAGCCCGUUUGUGGCGAAUCCAGUGUGGAGCUUGCUGAUAUACAGCAAAUACUCAAAGUAACUUCUGCUGCUCCUAACCAGAAUGCACUCCCACCCUUAUCCAAGGCGCCUUGCAGUGCCAUGCAGUCGGGUUACAAGCAGAUGCCUCCACUUAAACCAAAGCCCUUGGUGGCUCCCAGAACCAGUAUGGUAGCAUCAACCCCUCCACCCCUCAUGAAUACCCAACAAGCUUCACUAGGCUGCAUCAGCCCCAGCCUUCCGCCCCCUGCCAGCCACCCUCUCAAGAAUGCCAGGGAACGUUCCUCAUCUUCCUCAGCUUCUGCCAGCAACCAUGCUUCCACGGAGAGGAUACAAAUGGAGGCUGACUGCAUGGGUGACGCCCACACCCCAAUGGAUAUGGGGGAAAGGCAUAUCAAGCAAGAAAUUGGCAAGCUGGAGGAAAACGCCGGCAAGAAGGGAAAUCAAAAAGGCUCCUACCCUUGCCGAUUUUGCAACCAGGUGUUUGCAUUCGCCAGCGCGCUGCAGGCACACAUGCGCUACCACUUGGGCAUCCUACCCCACCAAUGUAACAUCUGCGACUACGUUGCGCCGGACAAAGCGACGUUGAUCCGUCAUCUGAGAACGCACAGUGGUGAGCGACCUUAUGUCUGCAGGCUAUGUCACUACCCAUUCACUGUCAAGGCUAACUGCGAGCGCCAUCUACGCAAGAAACACAUGAAAAACAACCGCAAGGAAAUCGAGAAAAACAUCAAGUAUGUGACCUCAUCCACAUCCACAACUGACUUACUGGAGCAGGCUGGGCCUAAUGAAACUACCUGCCGCUUCUGUGGGGAGGACCUGAAGACAUUUCGGGACCUUCAGAUUCACUUGCGCACACACAAUGGCUGCCAGCGGAAGCCGUUCGAGUGCAAGCGUUGCGGAGCAGCCUUCCUUGCCAAGCGUAAUUGUAUUCACCACCUUCUUAAACAGCACCUAGAUAUCAAAGAACAGGAUAUUGAGGAACACAUCAUCACCCUAGUGGCCGCAUCAACCCAAAACAGCCCAAACCCAUCUCAUCUGAACGGGGGUUCUCCCAGCACUCUGGUGCAGUCAAUCAAAGUGGAGGACCUGAACUACUAUGGUGCAGAUAUGGAUCAACCUUUAGACUUCUCUAACAAAAGUUGUGGGGGAAGUAGUAGCACCGGAAGUGCUAGUGGAUCACCCGGGAUUAAAGUUGAACCUGUUUUUUAUGACUCUUCGAUGGAACCUAUUGAUCUUUCCAUUCCCAAGAAUCCAGCGAAAAAGCUAAAACAAGACAAUGACGCUGCAUUGCCCAAGGAGGUGAAGAAGGAACAGUCAACCAUUAGCAUCCUAGCGCAGGCUCUUCAGGCUGAUAGACCCAUUGAUGAGAAAUCCCAGCAGCUUGGUUGCUACCAGCUCCCUGUGGCCUUGACCUCCCUUACCGGUUGUGGUGGAGGAAGGCCGUUGCGUCUCAAGCCCCUGCUUCCCAAACCCUCUGCCACCUUGAAGGAACUUCCCCCGCUAGCGUCGAUUGCUCAAAUCAUCUCCUCUGUUUCUGGAGCUCCUGAUCUUCUUAAACGGGAGAACACUAACAGCCUUCCGCUGAAUUCUGUUACAACUGGCAAGGAAGAAUCAACAGAUACCUUGACAAAGGAGCUUCCCCUAAACAACUCAAAGAAGAGGUCCAGGAAGAGGCCCGCCAACAGUAAACCCGCGUUGAACACCACCGACCCGAGUAUUGAUCUUGAGUCCAGUGGGGAGUUUGCUAGUGUCGAGAGAAUGUUGGCAAACACAGAUGCCAACAAGUUCAGCGCCUAUCUUCAAACCAACACAAUCGAGUUAGCAAGAAAAGGAGGUCAGCACUCGAGCGGCGGUGACGAGAAAGAGAUAAAGGAGGAGAAACACUCGCCAGUCCAGCAGAGCGCUCAGCCCCAGCAGUCUAAAGGGAAGAAGAAUGCAUACUCAAAUUCAGUGCAAAAGAUGACCUGUCCAUUUUGUCCCCGAGUUUUCCCUUGGGCCAGUUCACUCCAGCGUCAUAUGUUAACACACACAGGUCAGAAGCCAUAUCCUUGUCACCAGUGUGAUGCCUUUUUCUCAACCAAGUCCAAUUGUGAACGGCAUCUGUUACGUAAACAUGGCAUUUCCAACCGAGUGCUGAGGCGCAACGGUGUUAUGCCACAGCCUAAGGAAACAGAGGAAGGAUCAGCAGACAGUGCAGAAAGCACAUCCGAGACUGAGCUUCCAGCGAGCGAGGAGAUGGAUCUCACAAGCUCCGACUUUGAGAAGCCCGAAGCAUCUGAUGCUGAGAAACCCUCACCAGCUAAACCGACAGAGGCAGCCAUAGCAGAGAUGAUCCCUCACAAAGAGACAGAAGAACCACCAGCCCAUGAGCCCUCGAAGCACAAUGACCCAGAAAAAGACGACAGCAAUUCCCAUAGCAAUAAGACUCUCAACUUAACCUUCACCUCCAAACCGGUGGACCUAAAGUUCAGCGACAGCGAGCAGUCACAGUCCUCCCCCGAAGUAGAAGCUGAAGCAUCCGACAAAGCGGCACCUCAGGAGGAGUCCAAAUUCACAUGCAAAAGCUGCAAAAAGAGCUUCCGCUACGCCGCCACCCUGACCAGACACGAGAAAGUUCACCAGCUAGACGUAGUGGCAGACUCGACCAACGUACCUCCAAAAGCAGACGAUCCAACCGUGCCUUGUGAAACGAAGACGGACGGUGCAGAGGAGGUGGUGGAAAAGUGUUCGAAAAAGGACACGGCUGAGGUGGAAGGAACGGAGAGCGGAUCUGAGGAGGACAAUGAUGAGAAAAGUGAUGAAGAGGGAGCCACAACUGAACCAAAGAGCAUCGAGGGAGAGGAACCUGGGAGCAAGCCGGACAAGAGGAAGAAGGUGUGCAGUAUAUGUAACAAGCGUUUCUGGAGCCUUCAAGACCUCACCAGACACAUGCGCUCUCACACAGGUGAGAGGCCCUACAAGUGCCCGACAUGUGAGCGCACCUUCACCCUCAAGCACAGUCUGGUCCGGCACCAGCGGAUCCAUCUGAAGCCGCGUGGGGCGGACGCCGACGGGUCGAUGUGUGGUGUCACAGGUGCAGCGGAUGAAGAAGGUUUCAGCGGGCGCUCGGCCAGUGAAAGCGAAUGCACGCCCACCAGCACCAAUCCACCCUCUGAAACCGAAAGCGAGGUCACGGAGACUGCGAAGGGCAACAAGGCCGCACAGGACAGAGGGGAGGAUUGCGUGGGCAUUGACAAGGUUGUGGGAAACGAAGAGGAGUCGGGACCUUCCCCAGCAACAGAACCACCCAAAGAACCUCCGACAGAAGACCAAGCCUCCGAUUCACCCGACGCAUCUGACGUUGAGCCGGCGUUCCUCAAUGGUUUACUGGAGAUCCACAGCAAGCCUACUACUGAGCACAUUUUGGCCGUGGAGUGAAGAGAGACGUUCUCGGAUCUUUGUGCUGAAACGUGCUGCAACACGAAGCAGUGCCAUAUAACAAAAGUACAUUUUCCAAGUGCCUUUCUACUUUUUUGCUAUAUCUUUAUCAGCAUUUAUCUCGAUCGAAAGUUGAUUUUUAUAGUAUUUUACAUCUUUUUGAAUCCUGAGAGAACUACUUUAAGCAAUAUAUGAACAAAUUCGUAUCGUAUUGUACAGAUGAGCGACAGCAAAAACUCUCCGAUAAGAAGCGAGAGGAUGUUUUUCUACUGAGAGGCUUGCAUCCGAGCGCGAAACUGGAAUAUUGUGCAUCAAAGGGCUUUUCUGUUUCUUUUUGUGUGUGUGUAAUUCCUUCUUUAAAGCUUCCCAAGUUGUUUUAUCGCAAUGAGCUGCGUUGUUCGAGGUGCUGUCUUGUACAUUUUUUUCAGCCAAGCAAUCUGAUGGUCAUCCAUGGGAAGGUGUUCGUGGAGUUAUAUGGGCAAUGUUUGCCCCAAACCAGCUGUGUUGUCGGUGACACCUUCCGUUAGCGUUGGCAAAAGGAGGAUUUUUAUCAAGGGAAUGCAGUAUUUCUAACACAGGGGCUCGUGAAUUGCUGUCCCUCAAGCUCAAAAAGCAAACGCAAGGAAAUACAGAAAGCCCAGGUGUACGAAAGCUGAUGUACUUGACUAAAAUGAAAUGUGUACCAGGGAUGAAGUCUUCCAAAACAUCACAUUUUUAAAGCCUUACUUCUCGUCUGAGCUUCGGGCGGACGUCUCACUUUCCGCCGGGCUCGUGAACUAGAAUUCAUGGUGUACUUGAACACUGUCGCCCUGCUGCCUCGUGUCAGGAUGUAUUCCUCCCACGUCAAUCACACCUUUUGUAGUGUUGCUUAUCUCUCUCAGUUCUAUGAACUUGUGAAGAAACCUCAGAAACAAAGCAAACCUCAAAGAGCAUCUUUAGAUACAAGCGGCCAUCUGCCGAACAGAGGAUUUCUUUAACAGGAGAGAGAGGGAGAGAGAGCUUGCCUGACCGGACGUCCUCUAAACAUCAGACCCUGUUCACCCCCUAGUGGUGAGAUCUGGCAUCUCCGCUCGGGCACCAGACUGAUAGUAUUGGAUGGACUUGAAUGCAAUCGGUGUAUUCCAGGACUCCCGCUUCUCCCGAUGCCUUUUCCUGGGUCAGCGCGAGCGUGUUUUGUGUUGGUGGCGUGCAAGCGGUCGGUUACUCACAGACUGUUUUUAAUGUAUUUAUUGUGACCCAGAGGUGGGUGAAGUAGUAAAUGUGGAGAAGCCAUGUAUUAACACGAUUAUGCUGCAUAAGAAAUGAAUUCUUAGCAUCCCAGCUUUGAUUUUGGGUCUUGGAUAACAAUAAUCACUUUUGACCGGAAAGCUUUAUGUAGACUGUAUGCAUUUUAUAGAAUGUGUGGUCUGUUUCUGUUAUCAUUAUUGUUGUUAUUAUGAUUGAUGAUUUCAGUUUGAGAGAUACAAGUUGUUUUCAUUGAUAUAUUCUUUGCGUAUAAACUGUGAAUUUACUGUGUUAUUCUGCUAUGGGUGAAUCUGUAGGGUAGUUUUGCAUGAUAACCUUUUUAUGUUCAUUUAUAGAUUUUUUUUGCCGUUAUCGCCCCACCUGUCGCUCUCACUCUCAGGGUAUCAACGUUAAGGCUUUCUCAUUUCGCAAAAAUCUUUCUGUUCACCUUUGAUUUUUGAAUACGUCGAUCCAUCAAUCACUACUUUAAGCACUUGACUGUGAAAUCAAAUGAACAGGGUGGAGUUAUCGAAUCCACAUUGCUCUCACGAAUUUUUUUACAAGACUUUUAUUUCUGUCCUCCCUGAGAAAUGGAGAUCUGUCGCUGUUUGACGGGCUGACUGACGUAAAGGGAGCUUCGUGUCGCUGCUACAUCCCCAAAAAUAAUUCUACUGGACUUGAAUGAAUCAAAACCAGAACAUUUUUGGUACACUACUCUUGUUCUUUGAAUAAGUGCUUCAGAAUCAGAAAUGUAAUCUGUUCUGUAUCAAAACUAUUCAAGCAAUAAAGAUAUAAACAAAGAAAGAUGCUUGCUGUAUGUAGGGUCAAAGUAUUAAAUAUUGGUAAUAUAAUUCAGCACCACGGGUAUUUUAGUGUACUAAAAUUAAAACUUUGAAAACGUGUCUGUUUAUUAAAUAAGUAAUCAAAUAUUGACCUAAAAAUUAUUGAAAAAACGUAACUAAAGGAAACAUUGAAAUGUUGCCUGAAAAACAAAAUGAAACAAGUUUAAAGCAGUACAAUUUUAAUAAAAUAAAACUAAUAUAAAAAUUAAUUCAUCUUAUAUAGCAAAAAGAAACAAAAAAAGCAUAAAAUGAAAAAAGCAUAUACCAAAAUUGCUAACACUAACUAAGAGUAACAUAAAAACUAAACAUCUAAAAAUAAAAGUAAUAUUAAAUAUUAAUAAAACUGAAUAAAUCUAAAACCAAAACUAUAAUAAAGUUUUGCCUUAAAGAAUCACAAUGGUAACAAACUCUCUUUGCCUCACUACACAGAAUUUUGAGUGUCAUUUAUUGGCAAAAAAUAAAGAAAAAAAUUAACACAAUUUUAAGUUUGACUGAUGCAUUAUUGAUUUGUUACGAGCGGCGUCUUGUAUUGCCUUCUCAUAAGGGCAGUAAAUGGCUUUCCCGCUCCUUCACAACUCCUUCCUGGUGGAACAUUCUUCCUAACUCGGUCCGGUCAACCACAUCUCUCACAACAUUCAAAAAACUACUUAAAACCCAUCUCUUCUGUGAAUACUUGACAGACAAAUGAGAAGAGAAAAAAAACACUAACCCUCUUUCUCUCAACAGGUAUUGUUCUGGCUUUUGUUGAAACUAGUAACUUGGUAUUAGCGCCAUAUUGUAUUAUUGCUCCUGUAUGACAUAUCGCUUAUCGCUCCCUGAACUCUCUGUAAGUCGCUUUGGAUAAAAGCGUCUGCUAAAUAACAAUGUAAAUGUUAAAAAACACUUCAAAAGACUGUUUCAGCGGCAACAACAUAUGUGGCCCAAACUUAACUUCCAGUAGAACGGCACAAAGAAUCAAUAACUGUUGAGUAGUUUAAUUUAAUUUAAUGGAGUUCAAUAAAAUUUUAAAGGGGUCAUAUGGUGCGAAAACGUGUUCUUCUGUGUCUUUGUUGUGUUAUAAGUUGCCCAUACAUGUUUUUGACACGUAAAAUUGAAAAAAUGUAAGUGUCGGAACAAAAGAUGCAUUCUAUCUAAAAGCGAAUGCUCACCCAGACCGUCCUGAAACACCUCGUGUAACCACACCCUAAAAUCUACGUCAGUUCGUGGUAUGAUUCGACUAAGACCGCCCAAAUGUAUACUCAAGUAAAGUGGGCGUACCUGUCAGUACAAUUGCUUUGGAACCUGACGUUCCAAAUAUGGUAAGAGGCGUCACAUUUCCAUCACACGCUUGUAGU